AGCAUUAGGCAUAUCAUAGUGAUUUUGUGAGAUUUUUAUUUUGAAAGGCAUCUUGCUCCUAGUCAACAACAGCUGCUUUCAUGGCGAACUGCAAGUCGAUAAAGUAACGUUAGUUUGGCGAUGUGACUUGUCUGUCAGCUAACCAGUGGAGGGUUUAAAAGUUGUGUACGUAUGUGCUGUCCGCAGCUCGUCCAUGGUGUUGCUGUAAGGAGAGUUGCAGUCUCUUAAAAGGACCACCAUGGCAAUGUGGAUCCAGGCCCAGCAGCUGCAGGGUGAGGCGUUGCACCAGAUGCAGGCACUGUACGGCCAGCACUUCCCCAUUGAGGUGCGACACUACUUGGCUCAGUGGAUUGAAAGCCAACUCUGGGAUUCAGUGGAGCUGGACAACCCAGCUGAGGAGACCAAAGCCAAGCGUCUGCUGGACAACCUGGUGACAGAGCUGCAGAGGAAAGCCCAGCUUCAGGGAGGAGAAGAUGGUUUUCUGCUCAAGAUCAAGCUUGGCCACUACGCCAGCCAGCUCAAGAGCACUUAUGACCGCUGUCCUUUGGAGCUGGUGCGAUGCAUUAAACACAUCCUGCACUCAGAGCAGAGGCUGGUUCAAGAAGCUACAAAUGCCAGCUGUGGGAGCGGGGGGCAGGCCAUGGACACCCUAUCCCAGCGGCAUCAGCAGAUCAAUCAGGCCUUUGAGGAGCUUCGCCUGGCCACACAAGAAACUGAGAAUGAACUGAGAAAGCUGCAGCACAGCCAGGAGUACUUCAUCAUCCAGUACCAGGAAAAUCUCCGCAUACAGGCCCAGCUGAGCAGCUUGUCUUCACUGCCUCCAGCUGAGCGGACCCAGCGGGAGACCACCCUACAGAGCAAGCGAGCCACUGUGGAGGCGUGGCUCACUAGAGAGGCCAGCACACUACAGAAAUACAGGCUUAAUUUGUCUGAACAACAUCAGAAGACCCUGGGCCUGCUGAGGAAGCAGCAGACUCUGAUCCUGGAUGAGGAACUCAUUCAGUGGAAGAGGAGGCAGCAGCUGGCUGGCAAUGGAGGUCCUCAUGAGGGAGGACUGGAUGUUCUCCAGUCCUGGUGUGAGAAGCUGGCUGACCUUAUCUGGCAGAACCGACAGCAGAUCCGGCGCUGUGAACAUCUUACCCAGCAGCUUCCUCUGCCAGGUCCAAUGGAAGAGCUGCUUAGCAAACUCAAUUCUGACAUUACUGACAUCAUCUCUGCCCUGGUUACCAGUACCUUCAUCAUUGAAAAGCAGCCACCCCAAGUGUUAAAGACCCAGACCAAGUUUGCAGCCACAGUCCGUCUUCUGGUCGGUGGGAAGCUCAACGUCCACAUGAACCCACCUCAGGUCAAGGCUGUCAUUGUUAGCGAGCAGCAAGCCAAGGCUUUGCUGAAGAAUGAGAGUACACACAGUGAAAGCAGUGGGGAAAUCCUCAACAACAACUGUGUGAUGGAGUAUCACCAGGCCACUGGCACUCUCAGUGCACACUUCAGGAACAUGUCACUGAAGCGGAUCAAGCGUUCGGACCGUCGAGGUGCAGAGUCAGUGACAGAGGAGAAGUUCACAGUCCUGUUUGAAUCACAGUUCAGCGUUGGGGGCAACGAGCUCGUCUUCCAUGUCAAAACCUUAUCCCUGCCUGUAGUAGUGAUUGUCCAUGGCAGUCAGGACAAUAAUGCUACAGCAACAGUCCUGUGGGACAAUGCCUUUGCUGAGCCGGGCAGAGUGCCAUUCAUCGUGCCAGACAAGGUGCUGUGGCCUCAGCUGUGCGAGGCCCUCGAUAUGAAGUACAAGGCAGAGAUGCACAGUGGGCGUGGCCUGUCAGAGGAUAACCUGGUCUUUCUGGCACAGAAAGCUUUUACAAGCAGCAGCAAUAACCCAGAAGACUACCACAACAUGACUAUAUCCUGGGCCCAGUUCAACCGGGAGAGCUUACCGGGACGCAACUUUACCUUCUGGCAGUGGUUUGAUGGAGUUGUAGAGCUCAUGAAGAAACAUCUCAAGCCUCACUGGAAUGAUGGGGCCAUUCUGGGAUUUGUGAACAAGCAGCAAGCGCAGGACAUGCUGCUGUCCAAACCAAAUGGCACAUUCCUGCUGCGAUUUAGCGACUCUGAGAUCGGAGGCAUCACCAUUGCAUGGGUGGCCGAAAAUCCCAACAAACCAGGCGAGAGGCUAGUCUGGAAUCUGUUGCCUUACACAACCAAGGAUUUCUCCAUUCGCUCCCUGGCUGACCGCAUCAGUGACUUGAACCAUCUCCUGUUUCUCUAUCCAGACCGGCCCAAAGACGAGGUCUUUGCCAAGUACUACACCCCUCCACUUUCAAAAGCAGUGGAUGGAUAUGUAAAGCCACAGAUCAAACAAGUUGUGCCAGAAUUCACCACCCCGAACCCUGAACCCAGCGGAGGAACAUCUACAUUCAUGGACCAGACAGCUUCUCCCUCUGUGAGCCACCCCAACAACUUUGGUGUCUACCCGUCCAUGAGUGACAGCAUGUUGGAUCCAGAUGGGGACUUCGACCUGGAGGACACAAUGGACGUAGCUCGUCACGUGGAGGAGCUCCUUCGCAGGCCUCUGGCCAACCAAUGGAGUAGCCAGCAGUCCUGAACCACAAACCUAAAGCUGCUGUACACUUUCAGGUCUCGUACAUCUUGAAAUACACAAACCUCAUACUGGAGUGCAACCUCAGCAAGUCAGCCACUCUGGUAGACCUGCAUCAUUUCACUAUUAAGGUCCUGUUUUAGCCGCCUACAGAAAAAGAACAUGUCUGUAAAUAGAAAAGUCACCUAAAUGUCUCUUUAAAAAAGUAAACCUGCCAUUUAGAGUCAGUGCUACUGGCAUUUGACAUGAGCUUGAUGUCCUCUCCCACGUACCAUAGUUUCUCAGGGUUGUUGUCUGGAAGUGGUUUGGUUCAGUACGACUUUUAUACCAAGUUGAGAAAUACAGUUAAUUUUAAUGGAAGCUUUGCUUAUGUACCCAAUGAACUUUUAGCUGACACCAGGAGACUUUUAUAGAAAAAUUCACAGAAGACAAACUACCUGCCCUUUACACUAUUUAAUUUUUUUUUGCCAUCAACACAGUUGACAUUGGUAAGUGUGUCUAAGUGCUGACACAAAAAACUGAAUAUUUGUAAAUUUUUUUGAUAUGUAGAAAAUCCAGAAAUGUGUUGUAACAGAUCAAGACAAACAAAGUGAGACUAUGUAACAUUUGCCUAACAUUAGCUAGUGUAAACAUGAAUAGUCUUAACAGAAUGAUGGCUAUCAUCAUUCUGAGUUUUUCUUUAACUCUCAGAAUUCUUUUGAAUCAGGACGUUUUAAGGAUGUUCUCAUCUGACUGACAGUCAGUGGAAGAGCACAAAUGGCAAGAAACGACCAACAUGAAUUAGUCAGGUACAUCAGAACUGUUGCUUUAUGAUUAGCUUAGCUGUGGCUUAAGCUUUAACACAGGAUUAAGCCUCUCCUGAGGCUGCAACUGCAACUCAGCUGCUGCGUCCUGUAGAAAUCACCAAAUGCCAGUGGAACUCACUGACCUUGUCCUCAAUACUGCUGCAUCCCUAGGUUACCUGACAUCUAAAACAAGUAAAACUGAAGUCUCUACAGAAAGAGUGUUACUGAUGAUGUGAUCCACUGAUUAGAAAUAAUGUAGUGAGUAGUACAGCAAUGCAAGGUCCCAGGAGAGCCAGUUGAUUUGUUCAUUGUGCUGAAUCUCAGGAAAACAAAAUCACAUGUGUAUUGUAAGAGCAGGUCUACAUUUUAUUGUACAUUAUUAUCAUUGAUACUGUAGUAGAUUUUAAGGAGAGUAGUUAUUGUACAGACCAAAUGUUUAACUAUAUAAUGGAUAUUUCUAUUGAUACAUUAUUUUGUUGUCAUUCAAACUGAAACUAUACUGAUAAAACAUUGUGUAUUUUUAGUGAUAUUUCUGACUUCUGUCUUCAGCAAUUGGGAAAUGAGUUGAAGUGUAAAAUCAAAAAGCCAAAGCCGUCAGUGACAAUGGUGAAGGUGUAGCUAUAUGCUGACUUUCUCAUAAUCAUCAUCAUUUUGACACAGCUGUCAAGUUUAACUCAGGACACACCUGCGUUUAGACACCUGCAAGUCUUGUCUGAACCUGUUGUAAACCACAGCUAAGCUGGUCGGAUGCUAAGUAAUAAUAAUAAUUAUCCUCACCAAGUACAACAGCAACAGUCUCUGGUUACUGAAGUUUUACUUUUUUGGUAAAACCACUAAAAUAUUUCCUGUAACAUGCUGAAAUAUAGCCUAACAGUAGCACAGAUAGACAAGAAUCAGAAUGUAAGUAAACUGACACUGUAAUGUCAGAUACCCAGAAAUAUUUAUGUAAAAUUUAAUAACUUUAGCCACUGUAAGCUGCUGCCUACAUCCGAGUAAAUUAGACCAUAGUGGCAAAACCCUGAGAAAACUUCCACACAUGGACAAAAUUGUUGGUACCCCUCGGUUAAUGUAGGAAAAACCCACAAUGGUCACAGAAAUAAUUUGAAUCUGACAAAAGUAAUAAUAAAUAAAAAUUCUAUGAAAAUUAACCAAUGAAAAUCAGCCAUUGCUUUUGAACCAUGGUUCAACAGAAUUAUAAAAAAAAAUAAACACAUGAAACAGGCCUGAACAAAAAUGAUGGUACCCUUAACUUAAUAUUUUGUUGCACAACCUUUGAGGCAAUCACUGCAAUCAAACCAUUUGUGUAACUGUCAGUGAGAGUUCUGCACCUCUCAGCAGGUAUUCUGGUCCACUCCUCAUGAGCAGACUGCUCCAGUUGUCUCAGGUUUGAAGGGUUCCUUCUCCAGACGGCAUGUUUCAGCUCCUUCCACAGAUGUUCAAUAGGAUUUAGAUCAGGGCUCAUAGAAGACCACUUCAGAAUAGUCCAAUGUUUUCCUCUUAGCCAUUCUUGGCUGUUUUUAGCUGUAUGUUUUGGGUCAUUAUUCUGUUGCAAGACCCAUGACCUGCGACUGAGACCAAGCUUUCUGACACUGGGCAGCACAUUUCUCUCUAGAAUACCUUGAUAUUCAUGACAUUUCAUUGUACCUGCACAGAUUCAAGACACCCUGUGCCAGAUGCAGCAAAGCAGCCCCAGAACAUAACAGAACCUCCUCCAUGUUUCACAGUAGGGACAGUGUUCUUUUCUUGAUAUGCUUCAUUUUUGCGUCUGUGAACAUAGAGCUGAUGUGUCUUGCCAAAAAGUUCCAGUUUUGUCUCGUCUGUCCAUAGGACAUUCUCCCAGAAGCUUUGUGGCUUGUCAACAUGCAGUUUGGCAAAUUCCAGUCUGGCUUUUUUAUGAUUUGUUUUCAACAAUGAUGUCCUCCUUGGUCGUCUCCCAUGAAGUCCACUUUGGCUCAAACAAUGAUGGAUGGUGUAAUCUGACACUGAUGUACCUUGACCUUGGAGUUCACCUUUAAUGUCUUUAGAGGUUGUUCUGGGCUCUUUUGUUACCAUUCGUAUUAUCCGUCUCUUCCAUUUGUCAUCAAUUUUCCACGUCCAGGGAGGCUGGCUACAGUCCCAUGGAUCUUAAAUUUCUGAAUAAUAUGUGCAACUGUAGUCACAGGAACAUCAAGCUGCUUGGAGAUGGUCUUAUAGCCUUUACCUUUAACAUGCUUGUCUAUAAUUUUCUUUCUAAUCUCCUGAGACAACUCUCUCCUUGGCUUCCUCUGGUCCAUGUUUAGUGUGAUACACACCAUGUCACCAAACAGCACAGUGACUACUGUAACCCUAUAAAUAGGCCGACUGACUGAUUACAAGUUUGUAGACACCUGUGAUGCUAAUUAGAGGACACACCUUGAUUGAACGUGUCCCUAUGGUCACAUUAUUUUCAGUCUUUUCUAGGGGUACCAUCAUUUUUGUCCAGGCCUGUUUCAUGAGUUUAUUUUUUUAAAUAAUUCUGUUAAACCACGGUUCAAAAGCAAUGUCUGAUUUUCAUUGGAUAAUUUUCAUAGAAUUUUUAUUUAUUAUUACUUUUAUCAGAUUCUAAUUAUUUCUGUGACCAUUGUGGGUUUUUCUUCCAUUAACUGAGGGGUACCAACAAUUUUGUCCAUGUGUGUAAUCUAGCCUGUUAUUCAAUAAUUAGUUUUUUCCCCUGUUUCAGAGGUGACAUAUUGCGGCUAUAAAAUAUUUCUUCCUGCAUAGAAGAAUUUGUCCUGUAAAGGCAACAAGCUUGUGUUACCAUGCAUCUUCAUUUUGAGAUACGAAAAACCUUGUUUCAGUACUGAAAAUAGAACUUUACAUCUGCUACAGCUAUUUAAUGUUUCUUUAUAAACAUUUCUUGUGCUACCCUGCAUUACAGCAACAUGGUCAUAGGUGAUGUGAUGUGAUGUAAUCAAAUCAAUAUGCACUUACUAAUUUUAUGUUUUUGGUCAGAAGGAGCUUUGCAUACAAAAGUUGGCGUAGUAUGUUUUGUAAUGAUACUCGGUUGUUAUUUUAACCCUACAGAGUGGCCUGCUGUCCAUGAGAACCUGAAACCUUUGGGGAUUGGCAGUGUAAUCAAAUGAGGCUUCAGUGUGAAGCAGGAAAUGUGCUCACAGUGGUUUAUCAUUGUCACUUACCAGUGUCAAAUCGUGUUAUUGCAUUGGAGUUUAUUAAAUACAGACACGGGUGCCUUAGCUGAAUGUCGAACAUUUUAGAUGAUUGUUUUGGUCUUUUAGGUGAUAAACCUGGAAACAUGGAAAAGUAUCACUCUAAACUAAGUGGAAUUUGUUUACCCAAACCACAGAUUAUGGAUAUGAGGUGCUCAGGUGAUUUAGUAUUUCACUUUUAUAAAGCUCAGGGUUGCAAAAAAAGAGUGGUGAAAAUCAAGCUCCAAAAACACUUCAUCCCCUAAUAUGUAACAUAAUGCAACUCGAAAGCAUCUCCACAACUCUAGGCUGUUAUGCAGACUUAUAUAAAUUUGUAGCCUCCGAACCCAAACAGAGUUUCUGCAACUGUUUCCACAAGAUGCACAGUAAAUAAGACACUGUGCAUUUCCAGUUUGAUUUAAAUGCAUCAUUAGUGUUUGGUAAAAUGCAAGUCGGGAUGUCUUCAGAGAUAUGGCAAAAGGACUCUUUUUUCAGUCUUAACUUCACAAUACAAAAUAUUACAUGACUACAGCAGCUUAUAUGACAUGUAAAUACUCCAUUUAAUUACUGAAAAAGUUUAUGUACUGCAUUGUUAAUUCCCUGCUUUUAUGAUAAAUUUCAGAUGCAUUUUGAAGACGUUUUUACGAAAUUGUAUGAAAUGUUAUUCUGUACACAGUUUGUUUAUUUCUAUUGUGUAUAUGAACACCUGUUGGUUCUGUGGGGCUGAGGUGCCUUGUCUUGUUUUGGGAGUUUUCAAAAUGCCAUAAAGGCUGUGUUUGCAGGACUACAUCGUCACUGUACAUCAAAAGCUACUAAUUAUGAUUUAAUACAGUUAUUCAGUGUACCCACAGUGUUGGUUCACUCCUCUGACGUAGUGUGUGAGCUGCCUGACAAUUCAUUUCCAUCCAAACAUAAAGGUGAGCUCGAGAUUUAGCCUUUGUAGCCAGAAUUUGACUAAAACUUUCAGUUCAGUUUGAAGUAUCUGCAUCCAGUGUUGCUUUGUGGAACUGGGACUGUGGAGGUUAGAGUGAAUGAGUAUUGCGUUUUUAUAGAGAACCUUAAAAAUAUUCCGUCUACAAGUAUAUAUACAUCUUGUCAAAAUAGUACCUAAACUGCUUUGUAUGUGCUGUCUCUCAAACUUAGCUUGGCUGUCUAUCAGUGAACAUCUUUGGUAAUUUACUCAUACCCCAUACUUUGUAGUAUUGUAAGUAAAACUUAUUCUAUUCCCUUGGCCAGAGUAAUCAGACAGCAGCUCACUAAGGUUGCAAGCAACAAUUAUUUCCAUUGUUGAUUAUUUUCUGCAGAUUUUCUUUGACAAUCAUCAGUGAGUCCACUGGUCCACAAGAAAUGGUGGAAAAAUAACACAUUUUUAGAAUCAGAUUUUUCCAGUCAGCGAUCCACAAUGCCUGUUUACAGUCACAUAUGAAAGAAGCACAGUGAUGAAACCAGUAACCAGUAUAGAUUUUUAUAUGAAAAGGGACUUGAACUAUCAAUUAUCGUUACAGUUUCGGAUUCAUUUCAAAACCACCAGCAUCUGCUUCAUUCUCUCAGCUCUGCUCCCUUAUGAUGAGUGAAUUCAUGACUGCUUGUACACAUAAAGCUCUUUCCGCAUUCUCGCUUAUAAUGAAAUAAUCUCUGUCAUCUGUACCUUGUGGACUGGUAACGGAUAGAACUCUUCAUACAAAACAUUUUAAAGCCACGCGAUUAACACUGCACUACUAGUACCAGCAUCAACCAAGGAAUGCCUAAUCAACUAACGUAGAAUGAACGUUAAUCCCUUAACCCUCAGGAAGUGUGUCUGUGGAAUGAAUGUCAAUGAGUCCAAUCAGACACCUCCAGUGUAGACAGGACACAUUUCGUAGGCAUUUAGUCAGAUUGUACAAUACAAGCUGAAACACAAACUAAUAAAUCAUGCCAGCAGUUGCUGAUGUUCAUGCAGUAAUCUCCUGUUUGUCUUCAGUCAGUUUAAUGUAUAUGUUUAAUGUAAUUCAGUUCUCUGGGCUGUUGUGUGUUUGCUGGCUUCUGUAAGUUCUGUGGUCUGUCUGGGGACAUUGUGCCACAUUUUACUGGAGGCUGGAAAUGGGAGUAUGACAAUAAAUGUUUUUUUUUUUUUU